AAAACACACACAAAAAAAAAAAUGGAGAAAGAGUCUGAAUAUUGUAGGGAAAAAUGGGCGCCUUGAAAGCAGUGGCUGUCAUCUCUGGUACCAAUAGCGUCAAAGGCUCCUUACAGUUCAUCCAACAACCCAACGGCGCUACCCAUGUGAGCGGAAGAAUAACUGGUCUCGCUCCUGGUCUUCACGGUUUCCAUAUUCAUGCUUUGGGCGAUACCACCAAUGGCUGCAAUUCCACUGGACCUCAUUUUAAUCCACUUAAGAAGGAUCAUGGAGCUCCCACUGAUGAUGUGCGUCAUGCGGGCGAUUUAGGCAACAUUGUUGCUGGUCCUGAUGGGGUGGCCGAGAUAUCAAUUUCAGAUAUGCUGAUUCCACUUAGUGGAGUACACUCCAUCUUGGGGAGAGCAGUAGUUGUGCAUGCUGAUCCUGAUGAUCUGGGAAGAGGUGGACAUGAACUUAGUAAGUCAACUGGGAAUGCCGGUGCAAGAGUUGGCUGUGGCGUUAUUGGGCUUCAGUCAUCUGUUUAGUACUUGUGUUACUCGCUUCAUCAUGUUGCUCCUGUCAAAGUACUCGUUGUAGCUAUACUUAACUUUCAGACAUUCCUUACCUUUGUAUAUUAUCUUCAGAAAUUGGCAUCAGUAUCAGUUUAUCAUUAGGGCAGUAAACAUAGAAACUGCAUGCCUAAGAAUGAGUAUACAUGUCUCAAAAAUCCAAGAGAGAAUAUAAUCGUUGACUAAUAUGAUAUAUAGGUUGGCCAACGACAUC